UUACACUACUUGAAGUACUUCCGGCGUGUUGCUCCGGUGACAACAUCGCGAGUGCAAAACCACGGGUCGGAAGCAGCGCAGUCCUCCUGUCAGCGUCCGAGUCCUCUGCCGGAGACACACAGCGUGUCCUCUGCCGGAGACACACAGCGUGUCCUCUGCCGGAGACAUGUUGCUCCUCCGGACUGCUGCGCUCGGCCGCAGAGGUCUGGCCGCCCUGCGCUGCCCGCCCGCCGGCUGCGGGGCCUCCAGACUCGCCGCUACAUACGUCCAGGGCCAGAGCCCGGAGCCGCGCGUCCGAGAGUACUUCUACUACAUCGACCACCAAGGACAGCUUUUCCUCGACGACACUAAGCUGAAGAACUUUGUCACCUGCUUCAAAGAUAAAAAGUUCCUGGUCUUCUUCUUCAGCCGGCUGCGUCCCAAUCAGAGCGGCCGGUACCAGGAGGACUUCCCCUUCCUGUCCCUGUGUGGCAGGGAGAGGAACUUUGUGCGCUGCGAUGACCGUCCCGUGGUCUUCACCCACCUGCUGCAGAGCCCCGCGGGGUCGCCCGGGGUCACGGCGGCUGGGGAGCUGCUGUCGUACUGCGGCGGGGCGGAGAAGCUGUCGGCCCCGUUCCGCCCGGAGGCGCUGUACAUGCAUCCCGCCAGCGGGCGGCUCUACCACCCGUGCUCGGAGAGCGAGGGGCGGGUCGGCCUGGUCAGGUCGGCCCUGGCCAUCGAGCUCAGCCCUUUCUUCGUUUACGCCGAGGAGCGCGGCCAAUCGGAGCGGCCUACACACUUUCUCUGGGGGGGGCAGGAGCACACGCUGACCAAUGAGCUCGCAGGAUGCUUCCCCGCAACGGAGGAGAGCGGCGGGCAGCCGGGUGGGCCGGAAUAACUACCACAACGCGUCCAACGUGUGCCUCUCAGAUUUUGAAAUACAAAGACUGUCCAGUAUAUGGUGACAGAGGGAAACGUCAACGCAAGAUUACACAACGCAAUCGGCAGAAGGGAAAACCCUUUUUUUGCGUCUCGUUUAUCAUCUCACGAAUGACAAUAUUUAUCAUCGUGACCCCCCAGGAUGGACCGAGAUGAGAGACAGCAACAGGCUGCAAGCUGCUCCUCUGUUACGUUGAUGUUUGCACUGACACGCAUUCAACACAAGGUCAACACAAGUUUAUUCAUUGUCCUUUUGCUCACUACGUCCUGGAGAGCUCAUUGGUGGGCCUGUGUCUCUGCAGGUGCACAAAGAGUAGGGAGCAGUUGACGUUCCUUUUAUUUGCCCCGCAGCGGGGACAUUUAAGGGAGCAAAAGGUAAAGUGCACACAGAUGUAGUAACAAGAGCAAAUAAAUAUUUGUAUAAUAUAAUAUAAAGUAUUUUUUGAUCAUUUGUGUUAUCAAACACCAGACUACAGGAGCAACAGAUUCUACAACAUAUAUGUAUAAAGACAGCUGCAUUUACAGAGUCCCAGAUGUUUAAUCAUUUUGACGGAAAUUAACAAAAAAAAUUAAUAUGUUGCUGUGACUGUGUGGAUUUCAAUCAAAUAGUAUUUCAUGUAAAUACGGUGGGAAAAAUGUAGACUGGCUUUAAUAAAGUGAGGUACACUGA